UGAAUGAAAACAAGACGCUAUGAUGCGGUAAUUUGUGUUUGUUUCUCAUCAAAUGCAUCUGCUUGAGUGAAAAUGUGUUUCGGACCUUAUUUUUUACACUAUUUCGAGUGAAUGUGAUCGCUGUGCUUUGUGAUCCAGUGUCAUAUUUAGGAGUGAAAGCUCCGAUUCGGAACAAACGGUGAUCCAACUCCCAUGCAACAUCAACAGAAGCUCUGUUGAUAGCACUGUGAUUUAGGCUUAGUACUUGUCAAUCUCGACUUUGAGAACAAAAAGUGGUGUUUUAAAAUCCUAUAGUUGUUGUUAAGGCACCACUUUCUGAAAUGGCUGUUUAUCUGUGGAACCGAUUGAAUCAAUAUUGUUAACGCUGCCUCUGUGCAUAACCUUUUGAAAGAUUAUAACGGUUCGAUUGCCUAAGCACCUCUAAUCCCAAGAUGGCUCCCCCAUGGCUUCCAAUAAUAGCAACAGCGCUUCUCAGUUGUGCCUUUGUCGCUUGCGAGCCUUCGGAAGAUCCGCCUCGUAUCGAGACAUAUCCUCAAGACCAGAUUGUGGCGAGUGGUGGCAUUGCAGUCUUUGUCUGCACCGCUGUGGGUAAUCCCAACCCGCAGAUAGAGUGGCGCAAGAACGGCAAGCGAGUCACCACCCAGCGAUACACGACCCUCGACAUGCCCAAUGGCUCCGUGCUCAGAAUCGAACCCGUACGGGCAGAAAGGGAUGAUGCCACCUACGAAUGUGUGGCCGAGAAUGGCGUAGGAGAGCCCGUCAGAGCACUUGCAGACCUCAAUGUACUGAGAGAGGAUGCACUGCCACCUGGAUUUCCAAAGUUUGUGCGCCAACCCAACAUGCAAGGAAUCGAAAAAGGACGCAGUGCAUUGCUCCCCUGCCAGGUUGAAGGAGAUCCUGAACCCUCUAUCAAAUGGUUGAAGAACAUGAUUCCUCUCGACAUGAGCAUCUCUCGAUAUUCCUUGGUUCAAGGGUAUUCAUUACAAAUAACAGAUGCUGAAGAGGAAGAUCAAGGAAAUUACGAGUGUAUGGCAGAAAAUUCUCAUGGUUCUGCUUUAUCCGUAAUGGCCACACUUUUUGUACGAGUGAGAAGGGUUCCUCCUUACUUUUCAAUUCGUCCAGAAAACGUGUACGAAGUGAUGCCUGGCAAUGCAUUGAACAUCACCUGCGUAGCAGUUGGCUCUCCCAUGCCAUUUGUAAAGUGGCGCAAAGGCCUCAUGGACAUCACACCUGACCACACAAUCCCAAUUGGUCGGAACGUUCUUGUCCUCACGGACAUUUCCGAGUCUGCGAACUACACUUGCAUUGCUGCCUCUAAGCUGGGUAACAUUGAGACCACGGCGCAAGUGGUAGUGCAGGCUCUGCCAAGACCACCCACCAACGUUCGAAUAUCGGACGUCACUGCGACCUCCGUGCGUCUUUCGUGGUCCUAUGACAUAGGCUCGGAAAAUAUAAUCUACUAUGUCAUACAAUACAAACCCAAACAAGCCAAUCAGGAAUAUAGUGAGAUUAGUGGAAUCACCACCAUGUUCUACACUGUGCGCGAUCUCAGCCCGUACACUGAGUACGAGUUCUAUGUUAUCGCCGUGAAUGGUAUAGGACGUGGUUCCCCCAGCACCCCCGUCGUUGCCACUACAGGCGAAACAGUGGAGUCCCUUGGAAGCAGCAAACCUGGUAGUGCUCCCAGAAAUGUUCAAGCCAGACCUUUAAGUUCCAGUACUGUCGUGAUCCAGUGGGAUCCUCCCAAAGAACCUAAUGGCCAAGUUACGGGUUACAAAGUGUAUUACACUACAAGGCCGAAUCUUCCCACCUCUGCAUGGAAUACUCAGCCUGUAGAUAAUAACCAAUUAACAACCAUUAGUGACCUUACCCCUCAAACAAUCUACACCAUCCGUAUCCAAGCAUUCACCAGUCGGGGACCGGGACCACAUUCUGCACCAGUGCAAGUCAAAACACAGCAAGGCGUACCAAGUCAGCCUAGCAACUUGCGUGUUCAAGCCACAUCAUCAACCACUGUUCACGUAUCGUGGGCCAAACCUUCUCACUCGGGUGAGAAAGUGAUUGGAUAUGAUUUGUAUUGGAAUGACACUUUCACCCAACAACAAUAUCAUAAGAGUCUUCCAGAUACCGACUCCUUUACCUUGAACGAACUGUACCCAGACACACUGUAUUAUGUCUGGGUUGCAGCCAGAUCCAGGCAAGGAGAAGGGGCUGCAACGCCACCUUCGCAAGUUAGGACGGACCAAUACGUGCCUGGUGCCCCUCCCCAAGAGGUGCGCGGCUCUGCCGUUAACUCCCGCUCCCUCCGCAUCACCUGGAAACCCCCUCCCAGGGAACAGCAGAACGGGGCCAUUACGUACUAUAAGCUCAAGUACCAGAAACUAGAGGCCACCAAAGCACAGGAAGUCCAGAUUGAUGCUGACCAGCUCACUUAUGUCCUGGGAGGCCUGGAGAAAUGGACAGAGUACAAGGUGUGGGUGAUUGCCGGUACUGUGAAGGGGGAUGGCCCCCCUUCCACACCCAUUCUAGUUCGCACCGAUGAAGACGUUCCUGGUGAACCGAGGCAGGUAAAAGUGGCUGCUGUGAACAGUACUGCCAUCACUGUGCGGUGGAAGCCUCCAGCCAACAAGGACCGGAACGGUUUGAUUCGAGGUUAUCAGAUUCACAUUCAAGAAGUGACGAGGGAUGGUGACUUAGUGAACGAACCGAAGAGAUACGAUGUUGCUGAUGAAAAUGCAGAGGAAUAUAAUGUCACUAAAUUGCAACCUGACACUCUUUAUUCUGUGCAAGUUGCUGCUGUUACGAGAAAAGGUGAUGGAACAAGAAGCAGAGUGAAGACAGAAAGGACAUUAGGAGGAGUGCCUACUCGUCCUGAAUUAAGUGUUCAGCUCAUCCAAGAGGAACCAACUCUUGUUGCUCAAGUACAGUGGUCCCGUCCAACUCAUAUUUACGGUCAACUUGUAAGUUAUAAAUUACGAUACGGCCGAUCAGAUACUCAGCUAAUGGAUGAAAAGGAGAUCAAUCCUCUGGAGCAAAAUCACCAAAUACCAAAUUUAGAUCGAGGUGCCCGUUAUGAGUUCUAUCUAUCUGGGAAGAAUGGCCUGGGUUGGGGCCAAGAAGCAUACACUUAUCUUGAUACGCCUGAAGGAGUGCCAACUGCUCCUCCUCAAAAUCUGUCUCGCCGUCUUCAGAGUCCGACAGGUGUCGUUAUUACCUGGACGCCACCUGUGCCGCAGUUAAGAAAUGGUAGAAUAACUCAUUAUAGUAUCAAGUUUCACAAAACAUCAGAUGGGGCAGUUAUCGAGAGGAAUACUACUGAAACUCGUAUGGUUUUCAGCAAUCUGGAUGAAAACACGGAGUACACCUUCCAAGUAUGUGCUUACACUUCCAAAGGGGGUGGCCCCUGGAGUCCUAAAAUGACGGUGCAGACUCCGGGAGACGUUCCCCCGGCCCCUACGAAUGUCCAAGCAGUGGCCACUUCCGACCAAUCAGUGGAGGUCUGGUGGGACCAAGUUCCCUACUUCUUGGACAUAUUGGGAUAUGAGGUUCUGUACAUUCAAGAACCUGUUGAAGAUCUAGACAGGUGGAACAAUAAAAGUGUACCUCUGACUUGGUCUGCAGAAUUGACCGGUCUGGACAGUCAUGCCAUGUAUGCAAUUCGAGUUGCAGCCAGGACACGGCAAGGUCUGGGAAGGCUCUCGGAAUUGAUAUCUGUUCGGGUGGCACCUACAGAUGUUCCAACACAAUUGCGAGCUCAAGAUGUUACUACUCACAGUAUGGCUCUUUCCUGGCGUAGACCAUCAAAAUUGGAUCCUAUCAAAUAUAAAAUAUCUUAUGGAGCUCAUAAGGAGUUUUAUGAUAGCCAAGGCAACUUGCAAAAGCUUCCUAUUCCUACUCACACUGUGUUUGUAGAAGCUGAUGUCACUGAGUAUUCUGUCGAUAACCUGAUGCCUUUCACGAGCUAUCAAGUCAAUAUAACUGCCAUUCCUUCUGAUGAAAGCUUCCGACCUCCUGCCAAAAUAACUGUUACUACAGCCAUGGCAGCCCCCAAACCAAUGGUGAAACCAGACUCUUUUGGUGUCAAAAAUGGAUGGGAAAUUACAGUAAUUCUACCCAAAGCCUCUGAGGAAUACGGUCCCAUUAGUCAUUACUUUUUGGUAGUGGUUCCUGCUGAGUUUGCUGUUAAAGAUCCAGGAGAAUUCACUAUUGAUGAGCUUUCUGCCACUGCAGUUGACCAGCUAGGUCCAUACAUCGCAGCCAAGUUCUUACACCGAUCCAUGCCUGAAAUUUUCCCUCUGGGAGAUGGGAAAAUGUACAAUGGUUUCUUGAAUCGUAGACUCUUGCAUGAUCAGAAAUAUAGCAUAUAUGUUCGAGCAGUGGUUGAUACACCACAAAAGAGCCUGUAUACCAGCAGUUCUUUCUCUGACCCCCUGAGCUUAGACAUGACUCCAGUCAGGGGUCCUACACCACCCAUGGAUCCUGGUACUCGUGACAGAAAUGACCGGCCGGAUAUGUCUCACAUCAGCAUUGACAGUGACAAGGCUCAAAUCAUCUGGAUCGUCGGACCGGUCAUUGCCCUCAUUUUGAUCACAUUCUGUGUCAUUGGGCUUUUCCUUGUGAAAAGAAGGCGCCAACUUGCCAAGACUCCUGGUGGAGAGACCACUAUGAAGCUGCUGAUGACAACUGCAGAGAGAGAGCUGCCCACUCACCCUACAGACCCUGUGGAGAUACGCCGCAUGAAUUAUCAGACACCAGCCAUGAUCAGCCAUCCUCCCAUCCCCAUCACGGAAUUGGGCAAUCACAUCGAGGUUCUGAAAGCCAACGACAAUUUGAAGUUUUCACAGGAAUAUGAGUCCAUUGAACCUGGUCAGCAGUUCACUUGGGAGAACUCCAAUCUGGAAAUUAACAAACCGAAAAACCGAUAUGCCAACGUCAUUGCCUAUGACCACAGUCGUGUUGUUCUUCAGUCACUGGAUGGGCUACCUGGUUCAGAUUACAUCAAUGCAAACUAUUGUGAUGGUUAUCGAAAACAGAAUGCCUACAUUGCCACCCAGGGUCCUCUCCCUGAAACUUUCGGUGAUUUCUGGAGGAUGGUGUGGGAGCAAAGAAGUGCCACCAUUGUCAUGAUGACCAAGUUAGAAGAGAGAACUAGAAUUAAGUGUGACCAGUAUUGGCCCAUUAGAGGAUCUGAAACAUAUGGUGUCAUGCAAGUAACACUUUCCGACGUCCAAGAAGUUGCUACAUAUUGUAUUAGAACUCUGCAUAUUACCAGGACUGGUGAGAAGAGGGAGGUGCGUCAGUUCCAGUUCACUGCAUGGCCGGAUCAUGGAGUUCCUGAUCAUCCAACUCCUUUCCUGAUGUUCUUAAAGAGAGUGAGAAGCAUGAAUCCUCUCGAAUCAGGACCAAUGAUUGUUCAUUGCAGUGCUGGAGUGGGAAGGACUGGCUGUUUUGUGGUCAUCGAUUCCAUGCUUGAGAGGCUGAAGAAUGAGAACACGGUGGAUAUCUAUGGCCACGUGACUUGUUUGCGGGCGCAGCGUAAUUACAUGGUUCAGACAGAAGACCAAUAUGUUUUCAUCCACGAUGCGGUGCUGGAAGCUGUCAUCGCAGGCAACACUGAAGUUCCUGCUCGAAACCUCUUUGUCCACAUACAACAGCUCAUGCAGAUGCUGCCUGUGGAAGGAUGUAGCAGCAUGGAACUGGAGUUUAAGAAACUAGCCAACAUGAAAACACAGUCAAGCAAGUUUGUGAGUGCCAACUUGCCAGUAAAUAAAUUUAAAAAUAGGCUCAUGAAUAUUCUUCCAUAUGAAUCUACAAGAGUAUGUCUGCAACCAAUAAGAGGAGUUGAUGGCUCAGAUUAUAUUAAUGCUAGUUUUAUUGAUGGUUACAAAUAUCGAAAUGCGUACAUAGCUACCCAAGGCCCUCUUGUCGAAACAACGGAGGACUUUUGGCGUAUGCUUUGGGAACAUAAUUCAAAUAUAGUAGUGAUGCUCACAAAACUCAAGGAAAUGGGUCGGGAAAAAUGUCAUCAGUACUGGCCAAAUGAGCGGUCUCAAAGAUACUUAUAUUUUGUAGUUGAUCCUAUCACUGAAUAUAAUAUGCCUCAAUACAUUUUGCGAGAAUUCAAAGUAACAGAUGCCAGAGACGGUCAAUCAAGAACCAUUCGCCAAUUCCAUUUCACUGACUGGCCGGAGCAAGGCGUACCGAAAUCAGGUGAUGGGUUUAUAGAGUUCAUAGGUCAAGUACAUAAAACCAAAGAGCAAUUUGGACAAGAAGGGCCCAUCACUGUGCACUGCAGUGCUGGGGUUGGACGUAGUGGUGUUUUCAUCACCUUAAGCAUAGUGUUAGAGCGAAUGCAAUAUGAAGGUGUUGUUGAUGUUUUCCAAACCGUUAGAACUUUGAGGACACAGCGCCCAGGAAUGGUUCAGACUGAGGAUCAAUAUCAAUUUUGCUACCGAGCAUCAUUAGAAUACUUAGGCUCUUUUGACCAUUAUGCGAACUGAAUUCAACUCACAAGCAAAAGUGGUGUUGGGGAAAAGUCUGGAAGAAUUGUCUCGCCAGAGCAUGCCUCC